ACCGCCCUUCAGUUUAGCAGAAGCCCGGGACGUCCCAAUCAUGGGCCGUCUAGGGCAGUUGUGCUUCUACUUGCUCAGCUGGUAGCACCAUUUCAUUAUCCGUGAAGAAUUCCAAGGUAAUCCUCGUCGUCCACAGUCAUUUUGCGACAGGAAGAGCGCCACUGACAACCUGUGAGGGAUGGAACUUGGGGGAAUAUUUACGCCCAGCUUCACGGAAAAGGCGUCUGAAGCCGUGAGCUGAGUUGGUCAGAAGAGACAAAACUAAAACUCUCUCCAGUGAACCUUCGUUGGGUGAGGAGGGGAAAUCUUAUCCUCUAACUAUCGCUCACAAUGCCCAGAGCGCUAAAGUCUGCAUGGUGAUGAUAUGAUUGAGAUGGGAGAUGCAAGUACUGUACUGUACAUAUAGGCAAAGCUGCCCAUCGUUCCUCGGGAAGCAAUGAUAGGUUUAAUCCUUAGGGAUACAUGUCGCUAAUCCGUAACUAACCUUUCCACCAGUCCGUCUCUCGGUUCGGUUGCAGGCUCCCGGCUGGAGACAAACGGAGAAUUUCCUCGAUCUUAUCGCGGGCCGGAAAAUUCAAAAAAAAGGGCCAUUCCAUCCCCAAAAACUAGUGCCCGCGGGCCCGGGAUAGUGUCCGAGUGGGGGGGCGGGAGAAAUGAACCGCUAUCAACGCCGAUGAUUGAGGGGCUUCUCCCACAAAGCAAUGACGAUGUUGAUACACAUCAAACUACCACACGCCAUGCUCCAGCUCUUUGCAUUGGUCUCUCAUUCAGGAUGCACCUUGGUAUGCCGAACCAAUGGGUAUUCAGGGCAGUGAAGCCCUCUCUAUUUCAAUCUGGCGAAUCGGGUUGCUCUCAAUCACGUCGGCCUGGACGAGCAAUCGGUGGGAAAUGGGAAUCGAAGAGGGGAAAAUUGGGGUAUAAAAAGGAGUCGGAAAGGCCUGAAGAAUUUCGUUCAAUCUCAUGAUUUCCGGGUUGAUUUUAUUCAUCUUCUCCCUUCUGCCCUGGAUAGGAAAAACUUGACCCACCAGCCAUCGAAGGCAGCAUAUACCUUGUCUCUUGGGAGCUCAGCAUGGAUAAACUAUACAAAACAGACCAUGAAGAAACCAUCUCAGCGGAAAAGCGAGAUAACCUCAAGGCUACGGAUGUCAUCGACACAGUCAGCACCGACGAAGCCCUCAAGGUUAUCGCUGCAUAUGAUGGAGACUCAACAUGGGAUCCUGUCGAGGAAAAACAGCUGGUGCGGAAAAUUGAUCGGAAACUUAUGACAAUCCUCUGCAUCACAUAUGGGUUGCAGCAAUAUGAUAAGACCAUGCUAUCCCAAGCCGCUAUUUUCGGCCUUCGAACAGACCUCGACCUCAACGUCGGAAACCGCUACUCAUUCUCCGCUUCCAUCUUCUAUCUAGGCUUUAUCGCGGGGGCCUACCCUGCCAUAUACAUGGCUCAGCGGUGGCCCAUUGAGCGUGUAGCCUCGGGCAUUGUGUUCAUCUGGGGCAUUUGCCUUAUCUGCACCAUAGCCUGUCACAAUUGGCAGGCACUGUUCGCCCAGCGAUUCUUCCUUGGUUUUCUUGAAUCUGGAGUAUCGCCGAUGUUCAUGUUGGUGGUGGGCGGAUGGUAUCUGAAAGCAGAACAAGCAUUGCGUAUGGGAAUGUGGUAUUCCUGCACCGGUUAUGUUAGCGCCAUCAGCCCCCUGAUCAACUACGGCCUGGGUCAUAUCACUGGCUCCCUGAGCCCGUGGCAGUAUAUGUAUAUAGUUGCCGGCGUGAUUACCAUCCUCUGGGCUGUCGUGAUCUACUUCUUCAUGCCACCAGAUCCCAUACGGGCCAAGGGUUUUACCGACCGCGAGCGCUACAUUGCCGUUGCGCGCAUGCGGGUUAACAACAGCGGCGUUCGCAAUACGCAUUUCAAGAUCGAACAAGUUUGGGAUGCCCUCUCGGAUCUGAAGUUCUGGAUUAUCUUCGCAGCCUCAUUCCUGCUGAUGAUAGCCAACGGUCCAGUCUCAUCAUUCAUUCCUAUUUUCAUCAAGUCGUUCGGCUUCAGCCCCUUGGACUCCCUCCUAUUAACUCUACCUGCUGGAUUCAUCGGAGGCACCAUCGAGUUGGUAGUCUGUCUCGUUGCGUAUAAAUAUGUCAAUAUCCGUACCUGGUUGGUAGUGAUAUGCGAGUUGGGCACUAUCAUGGCGAGUCUUCUUCUUUGGAAACUCCCUCGAGAGCAGAAGGGAGGCCUGUUAUUUGGAACGUACUUCCUUGCAUCCUUUGGUGGUGCAUAUGCUAUCCUCAUGGGCCUUCAAGUUGCAAAUACAGCGGGCUAUACCAAAAGAUCGGUAACCUCAGCAGGGGUGUUCAUGGGCUACUGUUUGGGAAACUUCGUUGGUCCUAUAGUAUUCGAACCGAAGGACGCGCCCGUGUACGCCCCAGGAUUCAUUACAGUGCUGGUGACAGCCAUCGCCGCAAUAUUACUCGCAAUUCUUUACAGAUACGUUGCAAUCUAUGAAAAUCGCAAACGAGAUAAGACGGGGACGAUGGAAGCAUUUGAGCACGCUUAUGAUGAUGAUCUGACUGACAGAAAGAAUCCGCAAUUUAGGUACAUUUUGUAGCAUCGAGAACAUAAAAUAACAGAUGUAUUCCAUCGGUCAAGGUAGCUUUUAGUCUUCUGUUCUUUCCAGCAACGUCUAUACCCCGCACAAAUAUAACGCCCUUAUCCAUUGAUGAAACCAAUUAAACCUUAAUUUUAUUAGUUAAAACAUAACCCGGCGGCGGCUUCAUGCAAGCGAAGCCGUUGCAGCCUCUCUCUCCAUUUAAUAGUUUUGAUUCGUGGGAAUGUCUCCGUGCUCCUCCUCCCCGUAGAAAGUGUAUCUAUUUCUGAAAACUCCGAGCCCGUAACUUCACUACCCAGUCUGACGCCGUGUGAUUCAUAGUUUUGAUUUAUUAGUGGCAA